ACGUUGAAAGCACACUAUUUCGCAGAAUGGAGACGAUCGAGGAAUACCCGAGGACGCCGGAACGUGAGGACUGCGUGAAGCGUCUGUUCGGUGACGCAGCGGGAGAGGGCGCCAAUACGUCCGAGUAUUUCAGUCAGUCGAGCGAGGAGAACGGAGGGGCGUCCUCCGCCUCCAAUCAGCCUUUCUCCAGUCCUGACCCUGAACAGGGUUGGUGUGCCAGUUUUGCCACUCCCCGGCACUCGCCACGUCAUAACUCAUUCUCAUCCACUGAGUCUUCAUCCAUGUGCGAGUCUCCGCCCCUCAAACAGCCACGCCUAUUCACCCCGCCCCCUCACAGCCCCGCACGGAAACAGCGCCAACGCUCUAUCAACUCACCUCUGAACUUUGAACUCUCACCAACCCCCCAAAAUCCAACAUCUGCUCCUUUUAUUGCCGACUCAACGGACAAAAACGGUGAUGUAAUGGUUACAUCACCACCUCGUUUGGAGCGACUUCAGCUAUUUGACUAUCCAGCCACACCCAUAACACUAGCAAGAGGUAGUGGCAUCCUCGCAAAAGAUUCUAUUUUUAACCGGGUUCGAAGGUCGGGGAGAGUGACUCGUUCCGGACCGGAACUGAGACGGAGAGUGUCACGGGGAACCAACGUUAACCCCUUCACUCCCAGGGAGAAUACGGCCAUGAGGAAGAAACUGCAGCAGCAAGUGGUCAUGUCUCCAUGUAUUGAACUGAUGGAAGAAAACAGGCCAAGACCACAGAAGCGGCUGGCUCUGAGAGAGAACAACAUAUCACGGUACCAGGAAGAGUUCAAAGAGGUCGUGGUGAUUGGUUCAGGGAGCUUCGGAACCGUCUACAAGUGCAUCAACAGACUCGACGGCUGUGCGUAUGCUCUGAAGAAAUCUCACAAACCUGUGGCUGGAUCUGCCGAUGAGGCGGCAGCGCUCCGCGAAGUGUGCGCCCACGCGGUACUUGGCUCUCAUUCUCAUCUGGUUCGCUACUACUCUGCCUGGGCCGAGGACAACCACAUGAUCAUCCAGAAUGAGUUCUGUAAUGGAGGGAAUCUCUCUUCCAUCAUUGCCCACAAUAGAGACGAGGGGUCAAAGUUCACAGAGGGAGAACUCAAAAGGCUCACGAGACACGUUGCCUUGGCGCUCCAAUACAUCCACUCCCUGGGUCUGGUACACCUGGACAUCAAACCUGACAAUAUCUUUGUCAGUCUCCCGGAGCAGAGCCUCUCCGUCUCCUGCCUCGUGUCCUUUCAGGAUGGAGGGGAGGGAGAGGAGGAGAGAUCUGGCCUUGAAAAUACUCAGCUACUCUACAAAAUAGGUGCCUAGUUUUGGCUUUUUGACGAAGGAUUACUCACAAAACCCAGAAAAAUUGUGUUUGGAAAGCCUGAAAAAUUACCUUUCACUGUCUGUAUAGUUAUAAUGGUGUGGUAUGUAUGUAUGCCCAGGUGACAUGGGUCAUGUGACCUCUGUCAGGGACCCGCAGGUAGAGGAAGGAGACUGUCGAUAUUUGCCACGAGAGAUCCUUCAAGAGGAUUACAGGGCCCUCCCCAAGGCAGACAUCUUUGCUCUGAGUCUAACUGUCUACACUGCAGGGAGUUGCUGUGAACUGCCCAAGAAUGGUGAAGAGUGGCACCAUAUUCGAAACAGACACCUCCCUCCCCUUGACCACUGUGCCCCUUCGUUUAACUCACUGUUAUUGCGUAUGAUAUCGGAGAAACCAGCUGAGAGACCCACAGCAGCUGACGUUCUCUCUCUCUGUUCAUUCUGUCCUUCCACCAAAUCAAAAGCUCAGUUGUGCAAGGAAUUGAACGAAGAGAAAUUCAAGAACCAAGUCCUCACUAGGAAACUCAAGGAAGCUAAUUCAGGGAAGAAACUGAUAGUUGGUGGACUGAAAGUCAAUCGCAGCAUGAGCAUAGCCUAGUUUUGCAUGUGCCGUUUUUUGCUACAAUUUUGUGUUGUUGUGUAUUGUUUAUUGGCUGAAAAGUAACACU